AUGGAUGUCUCUCAGCUCCCAGAUAUCAGCGACCAGGUGGUCACGCCAGACAACCCAGCCCGCGACCCAACAGAAGGGAUGGAUGUCGACCGUUGCGUUGCUCUACACAACUACCUGGUACAUUAUGCCUGGCUGGCCCAGGGCCGUUCGCUGGAUGCUCUGCGCCGAAAUAGCUAUACAUAUUUUGCUGUCUAUGGUGCUGCUGCAGAGGCUCUUCGUCCUAGACUCCAUCGGUCUCUAGAGGCUUUCCUGGACGCAGCGAUUCUGCCUCUUUACCACUACCAUCCCUCUGGAGCUUUGUUUUUCUAUGCUCACUAUUUCAAUGGUCCGGCAUAUCUCUUUGACAACAUUACGGCCGUUCUUAAAGAUAUGCCAGCAGAUAGUCUGGUGAACCUCUAUGAAGGUGGAAUGAAUAUUGAAUCUGGUGGCGGUUUGUUUUACCAUCAAGGCUCCCAUUGCGCUGUGGUUUUUAUGCACAUGGACGCCUAUGACCAAGCGUUGCCCAUUGAGGAGUAUAAGGAGCUCUGGCACCCGCUUGAAACAGUGCUUUCUAGCUGGAUCAACCUAAUUAUUAUUGGCAAAGUAGUAGGCUCACUCCCUGAUGAGCCAGGCUUAUUUGACUGCGAGAAGUUCGGGUGUUGGGAGUGGCGGCCCUACAGUGUUAUCCAGGUCGAUACUUGUAUUGCCGCGUGGAACCGGUUAUGUGAGGCCAUCGAGGCACGUAUAUUGCACAGCAAAAGUGGCAGUGCGGUUGAUAAUAUCGAUAAUAAUAAUAACCACCAUGGUUCAAAGCCGCCGCUGGUACCGCCGGCCGUCCUGGACGCUGCUUCAGUACCUGACCCUGGCUUUGCGCGUGCCUUUCUGACUCGUGCGCGACGGCCUCUAUUCCACCGCAUUGCCCCAGGGAUUGUCUUGCCCGCGAUGGAUAAGGCUGGGUUUGUAGCGGAGCAACCAUACACCAGCCUACCCCGCUCCUCACCUUAUUCAAUACCCCCCGUAUGCCUUUUCCCCGCCGCCGGGGAGCAUCCGGUUCACCUAAUGAGCACAACGUGCGCAUUUACUCACGACUUUAGUGCAUCAUCUACCCAUUCAAACAUUCCACCUCGAGUGAAUGCCGGUGUCUAUAGUGAGUCUGUUAUGCGGAAUAGCUCUGACAAUGCGGAGGAAGGAUUUCGGCUAUUACUUCCCUUCAACUUCAUGGAGCGUGAUUGGGAAGAAACCGGGCUAGGCGCACGGAAAAGCGACGGGUCUCUUGUAGGAAAUAUAGGGAGCCUCUUUCAACAUGGAUACAAGCCUUUUGGUGGCGGCGACCGGCGGGCCCAGCGGUUGGAAUGUUUAUUCAAUUGUUGGCGCAAGCUCAUUGACGAUGGCGUUUGGUCUGUUGGGGCGAACGGGGUAAAUGGCACGCUUGAUACAUUUAGGGAGGCCGAUGGAGAGCGUUGGAGGAACUAUUAUAUCUCGCCGUCAUGGUAA